GAAAGUUAAGAGCUGUGGUAUGUGGCAGGCAAAUGAGRGAGCACAGAGCUGCUAGGAAGAGUGAGACUCAGAGGAUGAGGUGCAGCAUGGCCAGGACACCGCAGUUACUGGCUUAUCUGGUGGUAGCCAUUUGCCUCUGCCCUGGAGCAACAACAACCCAGCACCAUGCAGGGCAGCCCGAGGACAGCGCCAGCGUGGGAGGUGGCCUGCAGGACCCAGAGGCCCCCGAAGUGAUGUUUGAGCUGCUCUGGGCUGGGCUGGAGCUGGAUGUCAUGGGGCAGCUGUACAUCCAGGAUGAAGAACUAGCAUCCACACGUCCAGGUCGCCGACUCAGGCUCCUCCUGCAGCACCGAGUACCCAGUGACUUGGAGGGUGCUGAGCAGCAUCUGAAACAGCUCCAGGACCUGCGGAAGGGGCCUCCUCUUAGUCCUUGGGACUUUGAACAUCUGCUCCUCACAGGCCUAUCCUGCGUCUACCGGCUCCAUGCUGCUAGUGAGGCUGAAGAAAGGGGUCGCUGGGCCCAGGUCUUCUCCCUCCUGGCCCAGGAAACACUCUGGGACCUGUGUAAAGAUUUCUGCCCCCAGGGCCAGCCCCCUUGGCUGGGGCCCUGGGCCUCCAUCCUUGGCCCCUUCCCCUGACCCUUCCUUUUUACCUGUCAUUUUCCCCUCCUAUUAUGUCCCACCCCCCCA